CAAUCGUAAUUAAUCAGUUGGGCCUAAUUUGAUGGAACUUGUGGCCCAAUGUUAUCGAUUUCACAGUUCUCUGCUUCAAGAACACACCCUGAAAUCAUCCAACUGCUUCAACUCUCUUCUUCUUCCUCUUCAAUUUCCCCUCCUUAAACCCUAGAUUCCCCAUCUCUGUUUUAUCAGCUCUGAAUUCCAUCCAGCGCCCGGUGAAAGAUGGCAGCUUUUCUUCUGACCAGAACGCUCCACUUGAUCAGAAGACCCAGACAGUUAGCUCCCCUGUCCUCGUCGUCGCCCCUCGUCCGUCAUUUCAACUCAACCGCCGCCGCCCAUCAGCCGCCGGAUCCGGAAGGGCAGUCGUCUUUCUCUUUCGGCGACGGUGGAGAUAGCGGCGGCGAUGCAAUCCAUCUCAAGGGGCCUAGCUCUGGCUCGAAACGUGGGGGCGGGUCGUCGUCGGUGACGAUGCCGAUGUCGUUCAUGACGGGAUCUAUCGUCGGGAAGAGGUUCUACAAGCAAGUGACGACGAGACAGGCCGACGACGGCAACGGGUGGUCGGUGAUGCUUGAUUACAGGACGCUCAAGACCCCUUCGAAAAGGGCUCUGAAGUUGCCGACUUUGUCUCUUGCCAAGGCAAUUGCUGCUGAGUGGGAUUACCAGCAAACAGAUGGAAUCAGACCUUUCACCAUGCCACUUAUGAGGCUUGCUUGUACUGCAUUGGAGAGGGUUCCAAUCACACGCCCAAAGAUUAUAGACGACUUGAUGAAGAAAUUCAACCAGGACUUGGUUUUCUGUCGUGCUCCUUGGGAUAAUAAUCUAACCAGUGGUGUAUAUGAUCGGCAGGUUGAGAAAAUCGAUCCUUUGCUCAAUUGGGUGAAGACAGAAUUUGGGUUUAAGCCUGUGGUAUAUUCGAGUUUCUUUGGUGGGAAGCAAGAUGAAGGUCUGGCGAAGGCAAUGGAAAAACUUCUGAAAAGUACCAGUAAUUGUGAAUUGACAGCGAUUGAUGCUCUAGCAGCUGCAUCGCAUUCUUUGGUGAUUGCUGUUGGGAUCUUUCGUGGGAGGUUGGACAUUGAAGAAGCAAUUGAGUUGAUUAGACUUGAAGAAGAUUUACAGGUUGACAACUGGGGUUUAGUUGAAGGAGGUCAUGAUUUGGAUAUUGCUGAUCUCAAGGUACAAAUAUCAUCAGCGGUAGUGUUCCUUGGUCUUUCAAAGUUUUAAGCUUUGUGUAUCGCUAGAAUCUUACAGAAUAUGUCUCUACAAGAGUCAGCUUUCCUAAGGAUAGUUUUGAGCUAUUGUUGUGAUUGCCUGAGAGUUUCGCUGAUGUAAUAAUCCAUCUCUGGAUAUGAGAAGUCAGUUACUGCUGAUUGAUGUACAAUGAAGUGAACUGACAAAGAAAAAUGCAGAAUUAAGCUAUCCAGGAAAG